CGCGCCCCCCUCCGGCGGGUCCGGGGGUCGUGGGGCGCCAUGCUGGCCGUGCUGGGACUCGCCCGCAGAGCCGCGCUGCCCGGGGCCACGGCCAAGGGGGGCCUGGAGGCGGCCCUGGGCCGGGCAGCGCACGUGACCCCCGGCGGGCCGCGGGCCCGAGUGGAAGAGGAAGCGGCGGAGCCCCGUCCCGGCUCAAGUCCCUUCAGCAUCUACCCUCCGGUCCCCGGCCAGGAGAGCACCCUGUCUUGGGGAGGAAGGACGUUCGAAGAUGUUCCGAUAGCGCACGUCAAGGCCACGUACAACAACACCCACAUCCAGGUGGUCUCCUCCAAGAACCAGCCCCUGGCCCGCACGUCCUGUGGGACCGAGGGGUUCAAGAACGCCAGGAAGGCCACGGGCAUCGCCGCACAGACGGCCGGCAUCGCGGCCGCGGCGAAAGCCACGGUGAAGGGGGUGACCCACGUGCGGGUGGUGGUGAAAGGCCUGGGGCCGGGGCGCCUGUCGGCCAUCAAGGGGCUGACCAUGGGCGGCCUGCAGGUCAUCUCCAUCACGGACAACACCCCCGUCCCGCACAACGGCUGCCGCCCACGCAAGGCCCGCCGGCUCUGAGCGGGGUGGCGGGGCUCGGGGGGCUCCGCUCCUCACCUCGCCCCUCCGCGGGGUCCCGGGCCACGGGCCGAGACGGGGGAGAGGAGGCGAGCUGCUCCUCCGUCUCACCCGGUUUUGAAAUGAAAAUGUCUCUUCCGGUC